AUGACGCCAGAGAGACUGAACGUGGUCGCCAUGCUUGCUUUGACGACAGUCAUGCUGGCUCAUGUUGCGUCGCUUCCACAUGCUUCAGCCAUGUCCCCCUCUGUAGGCCAGCCGCACAGCCUCUCUCCUCUCCCUCUGUCGAGAUCUUCGUGCUUCGUUUCUUCAGCAGGAGCGACGCCGUCGUUGACUCGAUCGCCUGGAUUGGCCGCAUGCAGAAUUUCUUCAGCACUGCCCCUCCGCAACUUUGAUGCCAAGACUAGGAGCGUGCAAGAUUCAAUCCUCGGUCAGAUCAAGCAGCAUUCAAGAAUCAUGAGGUCCCCUCUUGUUCUGCAGCAAAGCAACAAGGAUUCCGACACGGCAGACAUGGAGGAGGAGGAAGUCGAGGUCGUGGUAAAGGACACCAAGACAGGAAAAACCAUUGAUUGCUACGUGGACGAGGAGGUUGUUGUGGAUGGACAGGAAUAUGCACUUGUUUACCCCUGCGAUACACCCGUCGUGCUCGCGUAUGUGGACAAGGAUUCAGAUGGAGAGGAGUUGAUUCCCGUCAGUGACGAUGACAUUCCCAAACUUUUCCCAGCGGGCCUUGCCUCGCCUUUCUGGUGUCAGGGGCUUACAAGGCUUGUGCUGAGCAAGAUGUCGAGCUCAUUGACUCAGCUGUCGUUCUCACACUGCAAGUGCUGUGGGUCCAGAGGUGCUCACGGACGUCUAGGAGACAUCGGUGACGAUGAAGAAGAUCUCGAGGACCUGGGGGAAGCAGGAGAGGAUGAGGAAUUUGUGAAAGUUAUCACGAGCUAUGAGGAGAAAGGAAUAGAGUACCUGGUCACCGAGCCCCUGGAACCAGUUCUCAUCAUUGCAAAACCGGGAGAGCAAACAAAAAGUAAGAAGAAGACGUACUUCACCCUGCCGGAGGUCAGGAAGCGAAAUUGA